AUGCUUGACCUCAGUGACGAAGCAGGUGGUGUGCCAAGGUAUGUUCUUCAGAUACCAGCAUCCAUUAUUCGUCAGGAAAAUCCCAAUUUCAAGGAUCAACCAGUCAUUCUCAAUAAUCAGGAUGUGAUUAAGAAAAGUGGCCAGACACUUUCUACCAAGAACAAUGCCUCUGGUUAUAUUUUUGAUAAAAUCCAGAAAAAACUGGAGGAUGGUAGAUGGAGCAAUCUAUUUCUAAAAAUUCAAGAUCCUGAUGACUCUUCCAGCUCAAGGGGGAUUAUGUUUGAGUCACAUGUGCUCCACCUCUUCAAGCUCAGUGGUCAAAGUUCGAAUCAAGGAGACUUGGAGAAAACGAGAAUGAUCCGGUCAGAUAAAUUAACUAUAGCAACAAAACCAACUACAAAGUAUAUCCAAUAUGCAAACCAGCUCAUAGGGUAUAAUGAGGAAGACAUAAUUAUCAAACCAACCAUAAGAAAUUUCAGUGCGUAUUCUUAUGCCGAACUGUGUCUCCAAAACACCCCAUGA